AAUUAUUCAUUCGCUAUCUCAAACGCUGUACGUGUACGCUGAUGCCUGGUCUAUACCAUAGUCCGUCUACCGUCUACGUGUACCAUCGUUGUAAACAAAGGCAAAAAUGUCCAGAAAGUGGAUAUUUUUAUGUGGAGCUGUGGUGGUGUUAAUGCACUUUUCUAUUAUUAUUUUUAUGUUAAGCCCACUAUAUAGUAAUAGAUCAUUCUAUAGGAGUAGUUAUGCACACCUUGGAUUGAGGCAGUCGAGCGUCAGUUGGUGUAAAGAGCUGCGGCUGCGGAAGCCACCUUCUUAUAAUGUCGUGGCUCUUGUCUCUUAUCCAGGCAGCGGAAACACCUGGUUGAGGUAUCUCUUACAACAGGCUACAGGUAUUAUGACUGGUUCCAUCUAUAUGGAUUAUGGGCUGAAAGUCCAUGGUUUCCCAGCAGAGAAUGUUACCAAUGGUUCAGUGCUUGUUGUUAAGACUCAUGAAGAUCCUCCACCGGACAAAAAAUUUCAAGCUGCAAUAUUACUCAUAAGAAAUCCUAGAGAUGCAAUAUUAGCGGACUUUAACAGAAUUCACAAAGGCCAUAUAGGUACAGCACCUAAAUCAGCCUUUAAAAGGAAGACUAGAGACCAAAAGUCUGAUUGGACAUCAUAUGUGUCCACAAAGGUGAUGGCAUGGGAGAGUACUCACCGCUUAUGGCUAACCAGAUUUUCUGGUCCUCUGCACAUAGUUCUCUAUGAGCGGCUAGUGAUAGAUACUCGUCGUACAUUACAUUCUGUAUUGGACUUCCUCAACCAAAGUGUAACUGAGGAGGAUAUGAACUGUGCGUUAGCAAACAAGGAGGGUAUUUAUCGCAGGAGAAAAAAGCACAGAGGCUUCGACCCGUUUACACCUCAUAUGUAUGCUGUUUUGGAGACUGUACGUAGAACAGUUGCUAACUUGAUUGUGGAGUAUGUGAAGUCACACAACCAUACCUAUGGGUAAUUCUUACAUCCUAAUCUCGAUAGCAUGAAUUUUCAAUCAAAAGAAAAACUUACCAGUACAUCUGCACUUUGGCUGUGUCUUACUUAAUUUUAAACUAAAAACUGUUACAAUUAAGAUGAAACGUAAUGGAUUUAAUGAAUAGCUUUGUAUAAAUAAUAUUAAAAAGUGUAACGACAUUUACUGGUUAAUGACAAAGUUGUCUUUGAUCCACAAAUGCAAAUGCCUAUUUAUUACCGGCUAUUUAUUGUUUCAUGUUUUUAGUAAAUUGAGAGUAUAUUUUAUAAUGAAAUGUUGCAUUUAAUGAAAUUUAAGCUUUAUAAAUUUGACAACGAAGACUUUAGAACACUUAUUUAUGACCCCAUUAUGUAUCUAACACUGUAAUCGGUAUCUACACUAUUAAAUCAAACUAUUUUCUUAUGACUAUAGUUAGAUCAAACUUCUUAUUUUUAAUUAUCAUGAUUAGCUGGAAAUGUAAAUCAGUAUUAUUCCAAUGAAAUGCCAAAAUGUAUUUUAGUAAUGAUGUCCAUAUUAGUUAAGAUAUUCUCAAUUUUGGUGAAAUAUUUUUGUAAAAAGAAUCUCUACAGUCUGCGUCUGCUUUAAAUAAAUGCGUGUUUGUCUUGUCGUUUGUAUAUUUUUAAAAUUGUAAUAAAAUGUAAAAAGCUAUUAGGACAGCGGCCUCAGUGAUGUAAUCAAAAAUCAUUUAAUUUUCUUUUCCCUUGGACUAUAUUGUGUGAAUAAUCUAGCUAUAAGUAGUGAUGUUCUUGUAAUAUAGCCAUUAAAUAUAAUAACUGAUAUACAUA